AUGUGGAACGUUGUUUCUCAAGUUGGGAAGGUGGCCUACCGCACUGCUGCGAAGACAGGCCUGGCCGCCGGUACAGAGCAGCCCCCGUACCCGUGUGCACUGCCGCUACAGAGUUUAGAAGACCCCGAAGACACGGCUCAAGUACAGGAGCUCCUUGACAACAUUUUUGUCGCCGCAAAAGACCUCCUCGAAAACGACGCCGAACACCAGUGGCGCCUUGUGGAUUACCAGGACCCUGACAAGGGCGGCGACUUGCACCUCUUCACUCGUCCCCACAUUGGCCCCUUCAACUUCGCCAAAGCGACGGUUUCUUUUAUGGAUGUGACGCCGCAGCAGGUGCUUGACACCAUGCACAGUGAUGAAGAGGCAAGCCGAAAAAAAUAUUCGGCCAAUAUAAGCCAUUUCGAGAUUCUUGCAAGGCCGACGCCCACGUCCAACGUACAGUAUCACGAGUAUUGGGCACCACCCCCAGUCUCCGGUCGCGAGUUUAUCUUUCUUGCCGAGAAGAAGUACGUGGAAGAGGAUGACGUUUACUACGUCUAUGGGUGCAGCAUUGAUUACGCACCACUCAACAAGAAGUCCAGUGGCCAUGUGCGCGCAUCGUGCCUGUGGGCUUGGGAGUUAACUCCUAUUGGCAACAACACGAUGGCCACGUACGUGAGUUGCAUGAACCCCCGCGGCUGGACACCCACGUUUAUUAUGGGAUGGCUGAAGUCAGAGAUUGGGAAAGAGCUGGUAGCAUGUCGCCGUGUCCUGUAUGGUGAGACCGUUCAAUUGGAGCGCGCAUCGCUCGUUAGCAUGGGAUUGAAAGAUGAAGAUGUGAUGCUGAUGAGGAACCAGGCAGGCGAAGAGGAGCCAUUGUCAUGCUAG